AUGGGCGGUAUAUUAAAGAAUAAAAUUGAUAAAGAUCAACAAAUUUCAAAAGUUCCUGAAUCAGCUCAAGAAUUUAGAAAUCAAGUACUUCAAAAUACAAAAUUAAAUGCAUUAUUAAAAAAUAAUAUAAAUCCAGAAAUUUUAAAUUCUCAAGGUAAUAUUGAUCCAAAUAAAAUAAAUCAAUUAACUGAUGAUGAAAAAGAUAAACUGAAAUGGAAUGCUCAAAAUUUAAAAGAUAAUGAAGUUAUUCAAAAACAAAUUAUUGAAAAUUUAGGUCAAACUAUUGAUGAACCUAAAACUCCUUUCCAAAAAGCAACUCAACCUGAAUUAAAUGAAUAUUAUCAAGAUGAUGAUGAAAUAGAUGAUUUAAAUGAUUUUAAAUUAGGUGAACCUGAAAUAAAAGUUGAUGAAUUGGAUCAAAAAUUUGAUGUUAAAAUAAAUCCAGAAAAACAAGAACAAGAACAAGAUGAAGAAGAAGAAACAAAACCAAAAACAUCAUUUGAUGAAUUAAGAAAAAAACACUAUCAUCAUGAACAUAUUCCUGCUUUUACAAAAGAUGUUGAUGAAGAUGCUGACUUACCAAAUAAUGAUGAUGAAGAUGAUGAGGAUGAACCAAAACCUAAGAAAUCAUUUGCUGAAUUAAGAAAACAACAUUAUCAAAAAGAACAUGUACCUACAAAACCAUCAGAUAUUGAUGACGAUGAAGAUGAUGAAUGA